AUGUCGGAAAAAAUUGAGAAACUAAAACAAAAUGACCCCGGAUGGAACGUGUUUGGAGAUGGUAUACAAACUGUAAAGCAUUUAGAGGAAGCAAAAUAUGUAGGUAAAAACUUUUGCAAUGUUUUCUUCAAGUGCGAAAAUCUACAAUAUACUGGAAGUUUCAAAGCACGUGGAGCGUGUAACGUCCUCUCGAGUAUGUCUCCAUCAGACAAGAGUAGAGGCUGCACCAUAUCAGGUGGCCGCAACUAUCUCUGUGCCAUGACGUACUACGGGUUCAAGCAGUCUGUGCCGAUGAACGUGGUGGUACCAAAGGACUGCCCACUGGCAGACAAACACAGAUAUAAGGAGAACUUCGCCAUCGUCAAAGUGUACGGAAACGACAUCAACGAUGCCAGUCUCCAUGCCUUGAGUUACUGCAAUGAAAUCGGCUCUAACUACAUACAUGGCACGGACCGCCUGGACUUGAUCGCGGGCUACGGCACGGUGGGGCUAGAACUGCUGUCGCAGCUGGACAAGAUCGACGCAAUCAUCUGCCCCGUCGGCAGCGGUGGUCUACUCGCCAGCACUGUCCUCGCGGUCAAGAGCCUCAAGCCUAAUUGCUUGAUUUAUGGCGUGGAAUGUACGUUAGCACCGACCAUGACGAAAGCGAUACAGGAGAAGAAGCCUGUGAUGAUUCAAAUGACGCCUUCUAUCGCCGACAGCCUCGGGAAAAUCAUCGCCAGCAAUAACGCUUUCAAUAUCAUCAAAGGAUAUUUGGAUAAAAUGAUUACCAUUGAUGAAGUAUGGAUUUCCCGUGCGAUGAUCAAUAUCAUGGAGCGUGAGAAAAUGAUGGUGGAAGGCGCAGCUGCCUGCCCCGUCGCUGCCAUCAUCGCGGGGAAAGUGCCUGAACUUCGUGGAAAAAACGUGGUAUGCAUCCUUUCCGGCGGGAACCUGAACAGCAACCGCCUGGCGUGCGUGAUCGCCCGCGGCAUGGCGGCCGAGGGGCGGCUGGUGCGCUUCGCGGCCUCGCUGCCGGACGCGCCGGGCGCCAUGGCCAAGCUGCUCAACAAGGUCACCGACAGCGGCGCCGACGUCAAGAGCUUCGUGCCGGAGCGCGCUUGGAUGCGGCGGGACGUGUUCACUGUCACUGAUGAGUCCGAGUCAGCAAGUGGACCACACAUUCUCUCGUUUUCUGAAAUAAAGCAAGCAGCCGAGAGAAUUGAAGGGGGUAUCAUACACACCCCUCUCUGUGAAGCAAAAUUGAGUAAGUUCAUGGACUACAACUUAUAUCUGAAAUGUGAAAAUCUACAAUAUACCGGAAGUUGUGCUGAACGCGGUAUCCGUAACGCGCUUCUGGCGAUCGGACAAGAAGGCAGCUCUCGCGGGGUCAUAGUGCCUUCCAACGGGAACAUGGCCAUGGCAGCCGCUUACCAUGGUGGAACAUUGGGUAUACCGGUGACAGUGGUGUUGCCGGACCGCACGCCGCCGGCGCAGGCGCAGCGCUGCGCGGAGCUCGGCGCGGACGUGGUGCUCUGCGGCGAGACCUGCGACGACGCGGCCACCUACGCGAGGAAGGUGCACCAUGAUAGCAGGCAGAUAUUGUUAAGCCCAGACGACCCGCUCGUGAUGGCCGGCCUGGGGACAGUAGGCGUCGAGAUCGUCACGCAGCUGCCAGAGGUGGAUGCUGUGAUAGUACCAGUGGCUUCAGGAGCUUUGCUUGCGUCCGUACUCGUGGCCUGCAAGAAGCUGAAGUGCUCCUGCCUUGUUUACGGUGCGGAAUGCGCGAAGGUGCCGAAAAUGAUGAAAGCGCUACAGGCAGGACGACCAGUGUCGGUACCUGUGAUGCCCAACCUAGCUGAAGGACUGAGCAUCUCAACUGUUGGAUCCAACGCUUUUGCUACUCUCAAAGGGCGGCUGGAUAGAAUGUUGGUGGUGGAGGAAGCAUACGUAGCGCGAGCUAUCAUCAGUGUGCUGGAACGUGAAAGACUGGUGGCGGACGGCGCGGGAGUCUGCGCCAUUGCAGCCGUCAUGCAAGGACUUGUCCCUGAGCUGCGAGGGAAACGUGCGGUGUGCGUGGUAAGCGGCGGCAACAUCGACUCAGGGCGACUAUCGCGCACCAUCCAGCGUGGUCUGGGAGCCACCGGGAGGCUGGUGCGCUUCGCCGUGGCCGUGCCUGACCACCGCGGCGGGCUGGAGCAGCUGGCCAAGACCAUCGCCGACGAGAACGCCAUGCUCAAGAGCCUGGUCACUGAGCAGAUGUGGGUGCACAGCGACGUUGGAACCACUUGGGCGAAUGUUGUAGUGGAGACUGCAAAUGAUGAACACGCAACAAAUUUCAAAGAGCGUGUUCGUGACCAAUACCCUUCUGCAAGGUUUGCUGUGGUGGACCUUGAUGAAAAACAUAAGAUUGCACGGUAACAGAAACACUGCCCAUCAUGAGAUUAUUAAUGUAACAGAAAAUUACUCAAAAUUAACUUUUAGCUAUUAAAUGACUUUGUAUCUUUCAAUAUUCAGUAUU